AUGGCCGGAGAAGCGGGGAAGCAGCGGACCGUCCUUCUUGCCACGGAGAAGGCCUUUGCAGCCGGAGCGGUGACCAAGAUUGAAAGCGUUGUUAAAGCAGCAAAUUACACCUUGAAGAAGUUGGAGAACUACAAGGGCAAGGAUGAUUUGCUGGCUGCAGUCGAGGGUGCCGAUGCUAUGAUCAUCCGCAGCGACAUUGUGGAUGCCGCAGUCCUUGAGAAGGCAAACCAGCUCAAGAUCGUGGUCCGUGCUGGUGCUGGCUAUGACAACAUUGACCUGAAGGCGUGCGAGUCCAAAGGUGUUGUUGCAAUGAACACCCCUGGCCAAAAUGCCAACGCAGUCGCUGAGCUGGUCUUUGGAAUGAUGAUCGUGAGCGCACGAAACAACUUCGAUGGCACCAGUGGCUUCGAAUUGGUGAACCGUGAGAUUGCAUUCUAUGGCUUUGGGGCGGUUGCGCGGGCUGUGCACAAGCUUGCACAGGGCUUUGGAAUGAAAAGCUUCGCAUAUGACCCAUACAUCCCAGCGGACAAAAUCAAGGAGAUGGGUGCAGAGCCUGUGUCUUCAGUGGCUGGGCUUUUCGAGCACCAAUAUGUGUCCCUCCAUGUGCCCCUUACAGAUGAGACCAAGGCUUCGAUCAACAAGGCGCUGUUGUCAAAGAUGCCCAAGGGUGGCACGUUGAUCAACACAGCCCGAGUGGAAGUAGUACACGAGGCUGACAUGCUUGAAGUCCUCUCCACUCGAUCGGACUUCUGUUACCUUUGCGAUGUGGCGCCUAAAGACAUUGAGCCGUUUAAGGCCGCAGUGGGUGAUAAGUUCGGCAAGCGUUUGAUUUUCACCAAGAAGAAGAUGGGCGCACAAACAGCAGAGGCCAAUGAUAACGCGGGGGUGGCGGCUGCCAACCAGAUCGUUGGCUUCUUUGAGAAGGGUGAGACCCGCUUCUCUCUGAAAGCCUAG